GGAGAGGACCUGCGUGGGCCUUUAAGGCCUCACAUGUGCUUGCUUGCUCUGCUCAGAUGUAAAGUUGGAACCCUGUGUUGAGUGCUGGGUUAAUGAAUGAAUGAAGGCAGAGCCGGGGCCCUGUUUUACAAGCUCCAGAUACCUGUGCUCGCUUCGGCAGCACAUAUACAAGCUCCGGAUACCUGACCAUGACCGCCCCCCACCCCACACAUCUGUGGUUCAUCUUCUUACCUGGGAUCUCGCUUCUCCCAGCCUAUGGUCUGAUCUUCCGGUGGGUGGGCUCCUGGCAGUGCCCUCUCCUGGUGCGGCCUGCCCCUGGCCUUCCUCAUUCCUGCUGCUUUGGGAGCCUUUUCCUUACUUCCGACAUGGAAAGCCAAAGCUCACGCUAUACCUUUGAUGUGAAAUGUUGAACCUUAUCCAUAAAUGUGUCUGUCUCACAACUUGUGUAGGAUUGUAAGGAAAAACAGGAGCAGCUACAACAAAAGGGGGAGAAGAAAUGGUGAGAGCUGUGGCAGCAGCCUACGAGCGCCAGACGUCUCUCUUGAGAACUUUCCGCACUGGAGUUUGGAUGCAGAAGUUCCUGUUCCUGAAAACAAAAACUUCUCACCUGGAAGGGAUAAUGCAGCCGGUGGCAAAAUGAACAAGAACCAUCUGGAAAUCCCAGCAGAGAAGCUGAUGCUAGAACUUAACUUGUCCGAGCAUGCUCACAAAAGAACACAGAAGAGUACACAGGAGAUAUUUCAGUUUUGGAGUUCUCCUCUUAAUGAAGGAAGCACCAUGGAGAACAGGGAAUUCAAAAACUCUUCACUGGAAACUGGCUGUCAGGUAAACAGCAGUCCCAUAAGGCUCUUCACUUUGAACCACUCCUUACCACGUGCUUCGGUUGAUAAGCAGGUGGGUUCUUUCCCCCGACUGCCGACGCCGUUCAGUCUCUGCUGGCCUUAUGCGGAUGGAGACUUUUCUAAGGACAGGAGUGAGCUUCAUAGUCAUUCAUGUUCAAACACGGAAAACAACAACGGCGAGACUUUAUCUGCUCCAAAUUGGAAUUUGAAAUAUGGAAACAGCAGCGUGGAAGAAAAUGUAACAGAUGAAAGUGACUUAUCAGAAAAUGAGAAAGCGAAUGAUACUUUACUCAGCUAUUUUAAAAAGAUGGAUUCGAAACUAAAGCCGGAGACAAUUGAAAGCAUUGAAGACUCGUUCACUGAGGAGCCCAGCGAAGCGUUUCCGUACCCUGAUUUCCUGCCUGCUCCCUUCAAUGCCCUAGACUUGCACAAGCUGGCCCUCUCAAAAUCCGAGAACUGGAAAGCAACAGUGGAACCUCCAGAGAGCUCUGUGGAGCUCCUGGUAGCUCGUCUGCUGGAACUGGAGAGGCUACAGCACACAACCAUCCAGAGAGAGAAGCCCAGGCUCCAGACUCCUUUCUGCGCCCCAGCACUCACCGAACGACCCUCUUCGUCCAAAGCUGCACCAAAAGGAAAACAGUCGAAAGGUUCUGACUCUUUGGGUCUUCAGGCAUCUUGCGCAGACAAAAGCCGAGAAAAAAGAAAAAACAAUUCUGGUUCUUACAAGCCUGAGCACAAUGCUUCCAGAUGGAAUUGGAGCAAUUCUGGAAGAUAUAAGUGGGACUCUAGACCGCCAUCUUUAAAAAGUUCAUCCACCGCAAAACAACUGAUGGCAACUUAUGAUGACUCUAAGAAUCAAAGAAGUUCCAUUUUAAGUCCAUGCCAAGAACUCUCACCUAAACCCACUAUUCCAGAAACAACUCAAUCACUGGUUAAAAUGGUCUCAACGAGAUGUCUGCCGCCAAGGUCUCCAAUACCAGUGUCACCGAUACCUUUGACUUUUCCUGAAAAUCAGAGCGAAGAAAUUAAGACAUCAAGGACUAAAAAAAAACUUCAUCGAAAAAAUAUAGCAUUGAAUAGACCAUUCUGUAUGCAGAAGCUAAACUGUUUGUCCCCUUCAUUUAUAGCCAAGAAUAAGUGUUCACCCAUUGACCAAAAAUAA